CUAGGCCCAAGAUGGCGGCCACCACACAGCGCCUCCUCGCUCUCUGCCGCUGAGCCGCGCGCUAGUUUUGCUCGCCUCGAACCUGCGUUCCACGAGGGGUUGGGAGGGGCGGCGGACGGUGCUGGGGGAGACUGACCUGGCAGCACCUUUUAGAUACCCAUUACUGGACCAGAAAGAUGACGUCGAUCAUCAAAUUAACCACCCUCUCUGGGGUCCAAGAAGAGUCUGCUCUUUGCUAUCUUCUCCAGGUUGAUGAGUUCAGGUUUCUAUUAGACUGUGGCUGGGAUGAGCACUUCUCCAUGGACAUUAUUGAUUCCCUGAGGAAGCACGUUCACCAGAUCGAUGCCGUGCUCCUCUCUCACCCUGACCCGCUGCACCUUGGUGCCCUCCCAUUUGCUGUGGGGAAGCUGGGUCUGAACUGUGCCAUCUAUGCAACAAUUCCUGUUUAUAAGAUGGGACAGAUGUUCAUGUACGACCUUUAUCAGUCUCGACACAAUACAGAAGAUUUUACCCUCUUUACAUUGGAUGAUGUGGAUGCAGCCUUUGAUAAAAUACAGCAGCUAAAAUUCUCUCAGAUUGUGAACUUGAAAGGCAAAGGGCACGGUUUGUCUAUCACACCCCUGCCAGCUGGCCAUAUGAUAGGAGGAACAAUAUGGAAAAUAGUAAAAGAUGGAGAAGAAGAAAUUGUGUAUGCCGUUGACUUCAACCACAAGAGGGAGAUCCACUUAAAUGGAUGUUCCCUGGAAAUGCUAAGCAGACCUUCUCUACUUAUCACAGAUUCAUUUAAUGCUACGUAUGUGCAGCCUAGAAGGAAGCAGAGAGAUGAGCAGCUCCUGACAAAUGUCCUGGAAACUCUUCGGGGUGAUGGAAACGUGCUAAUAGCAGUGGACACGGCGGGCAGAGUUCUGGAGCUUGCUCAACUUCUUGAUCAGAUUUGGAGAACUAAAGAUGCAGGGCUGGGCGUUUACUCCCUGGCACUCCUGAAUAACGUCAGUUACAACGUGGUGGAGUUCUCCAAGUCACAGGUAGAAUGGAUGAGUGAUAAACUGAUGAGAUGUUUUGAAGACAAAAGAAAUAACCCAUUUCAGUUUCGCCAUCUCUCUCUGUGCCACGGUCUUUCUGACUUGGCUCGAGUUCCGAGCCCCAAAGUUGUACUUGCCAGCCAGCCUGACCUGGAGUGUGGGUUCUCGAGGGACCUCUUCAUUCAGUGGAGUCAGGACCCUAAAAACUCAAUUAUCCUCACGUACAGAACAACUCCUGGGACAUUAGCCCGUUUCUUAAUUGAUAAUCCUACUGAGAAGGUUACAGAAAUAGAGCUGAGGAAACGCGUGAAGCUUGAAGGGAAGGAACUUGAGGAAUAUGUGGAAAAAGAGAAACUAAAGAAAGAAGCUGCUAAGAAACUGGAGCAGUCGAAAGAGGCCGACAUCGACUCCAGUGAUGAGAGUGAUGUGGAGGAAGACAUCGACCAGCCUUCAGCUCAUAAGACAAAGCAUGACCUGAUGAUGAAAGGCGAGGGCAGCCGCAAAGGAAGCUUCUUCAAACAGGCCAAAAAAUCGUACCCUAUGUUUCCUGCCCCAGAAGAAAGAAUUAAAUGGGACGAAUACGGAGAGAUCAUCAAACCAGAAGAUUUCUUAGUGCCAGAACUUCAAGCUACUGAAGAAGAAAAAAGCAAAUUAGAAUCUGGUUUGACAAAUGGAGAGGAGCCCAUGGAUCAGGACCUGUCUGAUGUUCCCACCAAGUGUGUUUCUACAACAGAGUCUAUUGAGAUAAAAGCCAGGGUUACGUACAUAGACUAUGAAGGCCGCUCCGAUGGAGACUCCAUUAAAAAGAUCAUCAAUCAGAUGAAACCACGCCAGUUGAUCAUUGUCCACGGCCCCCCAGAGGCCAGUCAGGAUCUGGCCGAGUGCUGCCGUGCAUUUGGUGGCAAAGAUAUUAAAGUGUAUAUGCCAAAGCUACAUGAAACAGUUGAUGCCACAAGCGAAACACAUAUCUACCAGGUAAGAUUAAAAGACUCCCUUGUCAGCUCCCUUCAGUUUUGUAAAGCUAAAGAUGCCGAGUUAGCUUGGAUCGAUGGCAUCUUAGACAUGAGAGUUUCCAAAGUGGACACAGGAGUUAUUUUAGAGGAAGGAGAACUCAAGGACGAUGGAGAAGACUCUGAAAUGCAGGUGGAUGCUCCUUCAGAUUCUAGUGUCAUAGCCCAGCAGAAGGCCAUGAAAAGUCUGUUUGGAGAUGAUGAGAAAGAGCUGGGUGAAGAGAGUGAGAUCAUCCCCACAUUGGAGCCCUUGCCACCUCACGAGGUUCCUGGACAUCAGUCGGUUUUUAUGAAUGAACCGAGACUAUCUGACUUCAAGCAAGUUCUUUUGCGGGAGGGGAUUCAAGCGGAAUUUGUAGGGGGUGUGCUUGUCUGCAACAAUCAAGUAGCGGUCCGCAGAACAGAAACUGGACGCAUCGGGUUAGAAGGCUGCCUUUGUCAAGACUUUUAUAGGAUACGAGACCUUUUAUAUGAACAGUAUGCCAUUGUGUAAAGGACGUGAUGUCAAGAAAUGUCUGCUUGACCUUUCUCAGGAAGAAAGGAUUCUCAUCUGAGGCUAAGAUUUCACUGUCUUGUUUUGUAACAUACAAAAAGAAUCUGCCAGAAAAUGUGAGCAUGUAUUAGAUUUUGAAAAAUAUGAAUCAAGGGCCUGGGGUGUAGCCCAGUGGUAGAGCUCUUACUUUGCAUGUGCAAGGCCCUGGGUUUGAUUCUCAGUACUGAAUAAAGAAAGAAAGAAAAUGUAAAUAGAACACAUUUUGUAAAUGCUCUUGCCUAGCUUUGACGCUAGAGUCCCAGCAAAGAGACAAGCCCAGAGCUGAAGGGAAUUAGCUUUCUCUGCAUCUCUGGCUCCAAGGGCUCUACUUGAAGAAGGGAAAAAAACAAAUGAAACCCCCGAAACUUAGCAAACCAGUUCAUGGCCUUAUAGAAACUGGUAUGCAUGCAUUCAUGCAAACAGUUUCUUAUGUUUUUCUGGAAUAAAAGGAGAAUUGUACAGAAAGGAUAUGCAAUAAAAGAUAACAAAACAAACAAAAAAAAACUGGUGAAAGUUUUUUUAAGGGCCUGUUGUGGUUACUACAUUUUGAAUUCUGAUAUGCAAUUGCCUCCACAUGCAGCCUCUCUGCCCUCUACCUUCUGUGUAUUAUGAGGCAGUACACAUUUAGUUUGGAAAUACAUUUUUAUUUCUCCAAUUUCUUGUUUAUUAAGAUUUUAUUGUUACUCAGUUUGAAUUUAUAACCUCAUCAUUUGAAUAAAUGUCACCUAAAAGAAAGCAGUGACGCUGAGUGUGGUACGUACGCCUGUAAUCCCAGCACUCAGGAGCCUGUCAUAGGAGGAUUGUGAGUUAGAGCCUAGCCUGAGCUACAUGGUGAAACCCUGUUUGCAAAACCAGUGAAAAGAGAGCUGGUGUGUUACCAGUUCUGCAUGUAUUUUAUUUAGACUUAACUGUUGGCUGAGUAACUGUAUUUGAAACCAUCCAAUGCUUUGUUUUUAAAAAAGCAAAUGUUAAACCUCACAUUUGUAAUUUAAAGGGUGUAAAUGUUUUCCUUUCUUAGCUUGUUUUCUAAGUUUAUGUAAACAGUGGUUGGAUUUUAUGCUUGUUACUACAAAAAUAGUACUGAACCCAGGUAAUUGCAAACCUUGAUAUAGUACAAACGAAUCCUGUUCAAGAGUAAAAACUGAAAAUAUGUAAUUCUGUUGACUAGAACAAUGAGCCAUGUUGUCCUAUUGUAACUUGUUGGUUUAAGUUGUAGAAGAUUGCUUAAGCAAGGCAGUCCUUAAGCCCUUGUCUCUGCAUUUAGCAUUUAGAGAAGCCUCAUUCUCGUUUAACUUUGGAACUAUGUAUAUUUCAACCCAGUGAUCCACUGUCAGACUAGAAUUAGACUCUUAUUCACUUUCAUGUGCUGAGAGCCUUCUGUUUGGAUUACAGCACUGAAGCAAAGUUUGUAGCAUUUUGAUACCGAAAACCAGGUGUGCAAAAUAGUGUUGCAGAGAUGAGUGUAAAGAGAAUAUUUUGUUUUUAGCAGCCAUGAAACAUUCCUCUUUCACCCUAUUGCUGUAUAGAGGAAGCCUGUAAUUCCGUUUCUAUCCCAGGGGAAGAAAACCUGCAGUUGUUACGUGGUGUAAAGCUCUGGCUAUACCAACUACAUGGUAAUACCUGUUCCUAAAAUGAUUUCUUGUCUAACCUUUCCACUGUCUACGAACAGGAGUUAAAUUUUACAGUACUGCCUGAAGAUGGCUGUUCUACAUAAUACCAUCGGAGAGCAAUGCUCCUACCUGUGUCUAGAUGACAUUAUCCUAAAAUUCCUGAAAUGGAGACUUGCAUUGCAGUCUGAGCUAUUUAAGAAAAACACAACUCUAAAGACAACAGUGAGAUAAAUCAUGAGUGCAGAGAGGCUCUCAGACACAAGAAUAAAUACAGCAUGUGAGCUAUCAGCCGAUAACUGCAAAAGUUUUCGUAAAAAGAAUUUUCAUCUGGGCAUGGUGGCACAUGUCUGUAAUUUCAUCACUUCAUUCAGACUUGGCUUAUGGCCAGCCUGGACGACAUAAAACCCUGCUUAAAAGGAGGAGAAAAGGGGUUGGGGUUAUAGCUCAGUGGAAGAGUGCUUAGUGAGCAUUUGUGAGGCCCUGGAUUUGAUCCCUGGGUCUGGAGGUUGGGGGCCUGGUUGCUUAUUGUAUUUGUUGUGCAGUUAUACAUGUCAAGCAUUGUUGAAGUUAUUUCUGUAUUUUUUUUUUUUUACCUGCAACAAUAGAGAAGAAAUCAGUUUUGUAAGGUGGGUUGUUCACCUUUCUUUGUGUCUAUGGGUAGUUUACAUAUCAUAAAAUAUUUACUCUUUUAAAAUAACAUAAUUUACUGGGUUUUUGGUGAAUCUGCAACCACUGCUAUGUAAUUCCAGAAUAUUCUUUUAUCAUUCCAUAAAAGAAACCCAGUAACUAUUUACACCCGUUUCUUCUUCUCCCUGGUUAAUCACCAAUCCUUCUGUCUCCUCUGGACAUUUCAUAAAAUAAGAAUCAUGCAA